ACGGCACUGUCUUGUGACUAACAAUAUAAAAGCCAUAGUAAUUCAAGAUUUUCUUAUGAUGACUAAGACCUUGAAGGACCCAGACAAAGCUACCCCCGACAAUCCGAACAUGGAGACCACAGAGCUGGUCACCGAAAAGUCUGCACCGUUCACAGUGUACACUUCAACCGAAAAGUACGUUCUUAUGUCACUCUUAUCGGUAAUAGGUUUCUGGAGUACAUUAUCUUCACCGAGUUGGUUUCCGGCUCUACCCACAAUUAAAGCAUACUUCCACAUCACAGAUUCAGUGGCCGAUUUGUCGGUGGUUGGAUAUCUUCUUUUCCAGGGUAUUAUCCCGACAUUUUCUUCGAAUAUUUCCGAUACCAUUGGGCGAAGACCAAUGCUUAUAAUCUGUAUGUUGAUAUAUAUUGCUGCUACCAUCGCCUUAUCACAAGCAAAUGCCUACUGGCUUCUAGCAGUUCUAAGAUGUAUCCAAGCCGGUGGGAUCGGUCCUGUUAUUGCCAUUUCCUCAGGAGUCUCAGGUGACAUUUGUACUGUAGCUGAUAGAGGAGGAUUUGUGGGACUUGUAAGUGGAUUACAGCUCACUGGAAAUGCAUUCGGAGGACUUAUUGGUGCCGGAAUGAUCCACUCCUAUGGAUGGAGAGGUAUAUUUGUGAUGUCUGCUAUUGGAGCCGGAAUCACGAUGAUGGUGGUAAUUCUCGUGCUUCCAGAAACCAUUCGACUGAUAGUAGGAAAUGGUACCGUCAAGCCUAAGAUCUGUGUGAACAUCGCUCCUAUUUACUUGCUCAAACGGUUCAGAAGCCGGUGGUUGGUCAAUCAGACGGAGACAUUGUCUCCCAAGACCAAACUAAACCUCUUGGCCCCGUUCAAAAUUCUCUUCCACUUUAAGACUUUGUGUGUUUUGUUUUCGCCUGCCAUAAAGUUUGCAGUGUGGACAAUGACAUUGACAUCACUUACUCUUUUGGAGGGUGAUGGCUACAACUACACCGUUCUUAAGGUGGGAUAUAUGUACUUGCCUCAAGGAGUGACUUGUUUUGCUGGAUCAUUGGUAUCUGGGAGAUUGUUGAAUUGGUCUUACAAACGAAGCAAGAAGUUGUAUGACGACAGGUAUCAAGAUGUACCAAUGGCCGAGAGACCCAAAUUUAAUGUUCUUCGUACAAGAAUCUAUGUGAGCUUUGUGCCCACUGGGUUGCAAUUCAUAGGGAUCAUGAUUUACGGGUGGUGUUUACAGUAUAAAAUGAACAUUGCUUCGAUCAUCAUCGCCACAUGCUUGGUGUCGUACUCUUCUUCAUCUGCUAUUGCCAUUUAUUCUACGGUGUUGGUGGACAUGAAUCCUCAAAAUGCUUCUCUUGGGGUAUCUCUCAUGAAUUUGACGAGAUGUUGCACGGCUGCACUUUGCGUGGGUAUCCUUUCAAGAAUGACAGGUGCUAUGGGACUUGGGGGUACUUAUACUUUCUGGGCAGGUAUUGGGAUCGUUGCGGAUACCUUAUUGAUUUAUGUGGCAUGGUAUAGGAAUGACACCAGUUAAUUUUAUAGAGAUUAUAGAGGCUAGGAUAACCCUAUGCUAAUAGUAUAUACAUUAUAUGGUUUGGCGGU